AUGGGUGGUAGUUCAAGCAAACAAAAGACGAAUGUAAAUAAAACUGUUUUCAUUGAAGAAAAUAUAACAGAAAUUGACGUUAACGAAAAAUUUGAUAAAGAAGUAAAUUUGAUUGAAAUAGAAAUUAACAAAUUAGAAAUUAAAUUUAAUGAAUUUCAAACAUUAAUCAACGAACAAAAACAAAAAGAAGAAAUCAUCAAUACAACACUUGAAAGGAGAGGUAUAGAGUUGUACGAAUAUUAUAUGAAGUUAAUACUUAAUAUAGAUCAAUACGUUGGACUAGAAAAGACUCGUAGAAAAAAAAGGAAAAGCUAUGUUAUUUUCGUUCAAAAACGACUAGACUUGGUAGAACAACUUCAAAAUCAAUUAAGAGAUAAACAAGCAAAUAAACUUGAAAAUUAA